UUAGAGUUGUAUAUACGCAGAGGGAAGAGUCGAAGCAAACCCCUGGUAAAAAAUACUUCCCAAGCAUUAGCAACUCUGCUUCACUCGCGACAGCAACACCUUCGCCACCGGCCAACACCACCGUCUCCUAGAUCCACUGACGACGACGACCUCCCCUACAUCCAGGGCAGUAAAAGGCUCAACUGUUGUUAUACGAAAAAUUAAGAAAUGGAGAUUGAUUCUCAGUCCAUAAAUUCGAGCUCGAAAGAACCAGAGGAAGCCUCGUCUUUGAUGCAAUUGGACUCAGAGGUGUCAUCCGAUAUCAAUAGUAAGGAUAAAGAUGAUAUCUCUAAAUCAAUGGAGAAAUUGCGAGUCGAGGAGUCAUCAUCUUCACAGGCAGGAGCUUCAACCAACUUCAAGAGAAAACCGGUUAUUAUUAUAGUUGUGGGAAUGGCAGGGAGUGGAAAGACUACGUUUCUUCAUCGGUUGGUUUGCCACACACAAGCAUCAAAUAUUAGGGGAUAUGUCAUGAACCUUGACCCUGCUGUCUUGACUCUGCCAUUCGGUGCGAACAUUGAUAUAAGAGACACUGUGAGGUACAAGGAAGUAAUGAAGCAAUUCAAUCUUGGUCCUAAUGGAGGAAUUCUGACAUCACUUAACUUGUUCUCCACAAAGUUUGAUGAGGUCAUAUCAGUGAUUGAAAAGCGAGCAGAUCAACUCGAUUAUGUUCUUGUGGACACUCCUGGUCAGAUUGAGAUUUUUACUUGGUCUGCUUCUGGAGCAAUUAUUACUGAAGCUUUUGCUUCAACUUUUCCUACUGUGGUCACUUAUGUAGUUGAUACACCUCGUUCAGCAAGUCCAGCUACUUUCAUGAGCAAUAUGCUUUAUGCUUGUAGCAUUCUCUACAAGACACGGUUGCCAUUGAUAUUGGCAUUUAACAAGAUUGAUGUGGCACAACAUCAGUUUGCUUUGGAGUGGAUGGAAGAUUUUGAAACAUUUCAUGCGGCAUUAGAAUCGGAUCAGUCUUACACAUCAACACUGACUCGGAGCCUCUCUCUUGCACUGGAGGAAUUCUAUAAGAAUUUACAAUCUGUUGGAGUGUCUGCCGUUUCUGGUGCUGGGAUGGAUGCUUUCUUUAAGGCUAUUGAAGCAAGUGCUGAGGAAUACAUGGAAACUUAUAAGGCUGAUCUUGACAAGAGACGUGUUGAGAAGCAACGUUUGGAGGAAGAGCAUAGGCGGCAGAACAUGGAAAAGCUGAGGAAAGAUAUGGAGAAGUCCAGGGGAGAAACUGUGGUAUUGAGCACUGGUUUGAAAGAUAGAGAUGCUAGUAAGAGCAUGAUGGAAGAUGAAAAAGAGGAAGAUGAAGAUGAUUAUGAAAGGUUUACUGAGGAUGAUGUUAUAGAUGAUGAUGAAGAUGAAGAUGAAGAUGAAGAGGUUGGCAACUUCUCAUUUUAACUUGUCUGUUUCUUAAAAACAAUAUUUCAUAUAGGACCGUCGAGCAGUGCUAUAUCAUUUCUUAAAGGGCAGACAAGUUGACAUCACUGUGUAGAUAAGAGUAUUUUUCCAAGUAGUGCUUUGCUUACCAAAAAAAAGUUUACCAGAACCUUUACCAAAUCAAUGUGGUUGGUUAGAUCAGAAGGACCAAUUAACUUUUUCUCUUGGUAAGCAUAUCAUUUUCCCUGGGUUUGUGUGUCUGCUUUUACUUGGAUGUGUAUCUAUUGUGUGUUUUUUUCGGCUGUUGUUGUCUAUUGAUUUACUUGGUAC